AUGUGGCAUUUCAUAUUUAGUGAGGAAUUACUCUCUGUGAUAUAUACUUUCCUUAAAGAAUCCAUGUGUGAUACAGGAGACCUGGGUUCAACCCCUGGGUCAGGAAGAUCCCCUGGAAAAGGGAAUGGCUACCCACUCCAGUAUUCUUGCCUGGAGAAUUCCAUGGACAGAGGAGCCUGGCGGGCUAGUGUCUAUGGGGUCUCAAGAAUCAGACACAGCUUAUCGACUAAACCACCACCAUCACAGCUAUUCAGAAACACAGGGCAUGCAUCUGAGAUGUGGGACAUUAGGAAGAAGGAUGUCAGAAAGAAGGAAAAGCCCACCAAUAAUCUCAAAAGAUCUGCACUUCCUAUUUUCUAA